GCUUGUAUCUGAACAAAUUUUAGUCAACGUUGGCGGUUUAGCGUUGAUGUGUAGUUCAGUUUUGUGUUAGCCGUCUUGAAAGAAAGAAAUAUUCAAAAUGAUGAACAGGAUUCUAUUGUGCGUUGUCGUAACCCUCCUGGGGGUUGCUCACUGCAAUGAAGAAGAGACUGGUCCUAGGCUAUUAGUGUCCAAACAAGUCAUGAACAAAUAUUUAGUGGAGAAUAUGGAUAUUGUAGUCAAAUAUACUAUUUACAAUAUCGGUAAUUCCGCGGCUAUUGGAGUACAGCUGCUUGACCAGGGAUUCCAUCCAGGUGCAUUUGAUGUAGUCGGAGGAAAGCUUGAAGCUAAGAUUGACAGGAUUCCUCCACAAACCAAUGUUACACAUGUUGUUGUUGUGAGACCAACAAAGUAUGGUUACUUCAACUUUACUGGUGCCUUAGUCCAAUACAAGAUGACUGAAGAUGCCCCCAAUAUGCAAAUUUCAUUGAGCUCUGAGCCUGGCGAGGGAACCAUCGUUGCCUUCCGUGAUUACGACAAGAAAUUUUCGUCCCAUGUGUUCGAUUGGUUGGCGUUCGCUAUUAUGACUCUGCCAUCUCUGGCCAUCCCAUUCUUCCUGUGGUUCAGCAGCAAGUCCAAAUACGAGAAGCUGUCGAAGCCAACAAAGAAGAACAACAUGUUCUGGGCACCAAUGAAAUAAUUUGCGUUUGAGCAAGUUAGGUGUAGCUGUCAAAAGUCAUCCACUUAAAAUAAUAACAACAAUCAUUAAUUGUUAAUUAAUAUAUAUUUUUUUUUUAAUAA